AGCCAUUUGGGUCCUGGCCUGCACGGGUGCCACGCUGCAAACGCGCAGGCACGCGCGCCUAAGGCGCCCGCGCCCGCGCCGCGGGCAGCGCUGGUCGCCGGCGACCCCCGCUGCCGCCGCUCCGUGGCUGCCUCCGCUGGGCAUGGCCGGGCCAGAGGCCGCCCUCCUGACGACCGGCGGAGGGUGCGAGGAGGACGAGGAAGAAGAUGGCGUCCAAGUCGAGUCAGGCGCCCCGCGGCCCGCGGCCUGCCGCGCCUCCCUGGCCGUGGGCCUGUGCGGCGCUCUGGCCAGCGGGGCGCUGCUGGCGGCGCUGCGCCUGCGGCCAGAGUGGCGCAGGCGAGCUGGCAGCCUCCUGCAGCGGCGCCAGUGGCCCGACGGGGCGUCGCUGCCGCGGUUGCUGCGCGGCUUCGUCGGAGGAGCUGAGGCGGGCGGCCACGAGGGCCUUCUGGCGCACGUGGCGUGGGAGCUGGAGCAGGAGGCCGAGCUGGACACGUGGCAGAUGCUGCAGGUCCAAGCUGCCAUCUACUCGCAACCCAGAGCCAGCUCUGAGCAGACCGGCGUCCUCCAGCACUGCUCCAUCGUCCAAGGCAAGUCGCUGGGCGACGGCUGGGUGCAGCUGAAGGACCAGCAGGGCUACGCCCCGCAGAGAGCGAAGG